GUCCACUUGGCAGAGAGCCGGGGAGACGCCUGUGGCAAAGAGAGAAAAAAAAAGCAAAAGAACAGAGUUAACUGUCAAAUGCAAGGUUCCUUUAAUAAGAGCGAUCAGUCCGGCUCCGAGAGUCAUGGCGACCACAGCGUCCAAUCACUACAACAUCCUCACCUCCAGCGCAUCCAUCGUGCACUCGGAGCCCGGCAGCAUGCAGCAAGCCGCGGCGUACAGGGACGCGCAGACCCUGUUGCAGAAUGACUACUCGCUGCAGAGCAACAGUCACCCGCUCAGCCACGCGCACCAGUGGAUCACGGCGCUGUCGCACGGGGAAGGCGCCCCGUGGUCCUCGAGCCCGCUCGGCGACCAGGACAUCAAGCCCAGCGUGCAGGGGGGCGGGCGAGACGACAUGCACAACUCCAGCAACAACAACCUCCAGCAGCAGCAACAGCAGCACCAGCCGCGACCGCCCCACCUGGUGCACCAGUCGCACGGGAACAGUCACCACGACGCGCGGGCGUGGAGAACCACCGCCGCCACCGCACACAUACCAAGCAUGGCGACGUCGAACGGCCAAAGCCUUAUCUAUGCCCAGCCGGGGUUCGGCGUUAACGGUCUGAUCCCGGGAAGCGGACAGGGGAUGCACCACCACAGCCUGAGGGACCACGAGGACCACCACAGCCCGCACCUCAGUGACCACGGCCACGCGCCGUCCCAGCACCAGCAGCAGGGGGGGCACCACGACCACUCGGACGAGGACACGCCGACCUCGGACGACCUGGAGCAGUUCGCCAAGCAGUUCAAGCAGCGGCGGAUCAAGCUGGGCUUCACGCAGGCCGACGUUGGACUCGCCCUGGGGACGCUGUAUGGAAAUGUGUUUUCCCAGACCACCAUUUGCAGGUUCGAGGCCCUGCAGCUCAGCUUCAAAAACAUGUGUAAGCUCAAGCCUUUGUUGAACAAGUGGUUGGAGGAGGCAGACUCCACAUCGGGGAGCCCCACCAGCUUGGACAAAAUCGCCGCGCAGGGGAGGAAACGGAAAAAACGGACCUCUAUCGAGGUGAGCGUUAAAGGGGCUUUGGAAAGCCAUUUUUUGAAGUGCCCUAAACCAGCGGCGUCGGAAAUUACAUCACUGGCGGACAGUCUUCAGCUAGAAAAAGAAGUGGUGAGGGUUUGGUUUUGUAACAGGAGACAGAAAGAGAAACGGAUGACCCCUCCCGGAGGAGCUCUCCCGGGGACCGAGGAUGUGUACGGGGACACGCCGCCCCACCACGGAGUCCAAACCCCGGUCCAAUGAACUCUAGGGGACCACUCCUCCGUGAUUUGACUUUUGUUAUUUAUCCCCAAGGUUAUACACACAUCACGGGACUACGGGCGAUAAUGUGGCUGUUUUUAUCUAUAAUAGAUGGCAGUGAGUGACUUACACACAAUAUCUGCAUUGAAUAUCUUUCAAACACUGAAUGAUCCGCAGCGGGGGAAUAAGAAUAUUUUUUUUCCCUCUUUAAGAGCUACAGGAACAUAAAUAGCCUAUGUUCUUUGAGGAUAUGCCUAAAACACUGUGACUUGAGUCGACGCAGUUUCAAGGUGUAGCCCUUUUGUGUGAAAUUAUACUUGACAAAAGGGGGGGGGGGGGGUCCUGGUUUAAACAAACUAGUAUUGAGAUUCUUAGCUGAAUGGUUUACAUUCACGACUUUUAUAGUGUAUAGCAGUACAGUGCAUUUCCCUGAGUCACUAUUGACAUCAUAUGCCAUUUCGUGUGUAGCUGUGAGGUGUGUGUAUGGCCGUCAGAAGAGUCAAAAGAGCUGCAUUGGACUAAAGUUACCAGCAGCAGCAGCAGCAGCAGUAGUAUAGGCCUAUAGGCUGCGUCCCAAACAAGCAGCUGAGGUUGAGAAUCGCCUGAGCAACGUGAGGGGGGUCGAUUCCAUCUGUCAGUUCACAUCGAAAUUCACUCAUGCUUUUGCAGGUUCUUUUUGACAGUUAAGUUUGCGUUACACUUUUAUUUUGUAUACAAAGAGGUUCACGAUUUAGUUAAAUAAAAUAACUGUAUAAUUAGCCUAUUAUUAUUAUUGUUAUUAUAGGCGUAAUUAUAAUUAUUGUUAUUAUUAUUAUUAUUAUUAUUAUUAUUAUCAUUAUUAUUAUUAGGCCACUUCAAUGCGAAUCCCUGCGUUCAACACGUUCGGUAACGGAGAACGGUCGGUGUUUUGUGUUUUGCUGGAUAUUUUUGGACACCCCACCACUGCGGCUCUGAACACAAAAGGCUGCCAGCGCUCAGCUCCACGCAGCAGCGAGCGGUAGCUCCCAGAAAAGGCUCCCUGGCUAUGGAUUAUCUGGCACUUUUCUCCUGUACGGGAUUUGCUACACAAGUCACCGAGGCUCACAGCAAAAUUUUUGAUCCACUUUUGUAAAUAUUGUAUAACUUUAAUAGUCAUGACUUCAUCCCUUUUUUUGUUUUAAUUCUUCCACUGGGGCACUUUUUUGAUGUUUUCCAAACAGAACGGGCUAUAGGUUUUGUUUUUAUUUGCCUUACCACCUUUACAUUCCCUAUUCUUAAUUGCAGUAGGGUAAUUUAUCUUCGAAUGUAAGGCUUUGCAGUGAUAUAAAUUCAAAAUAUUUUGUUAUUCAUUGUUUGGAGCCUAAUGUUUUGUCUAUUGGUUGUUUCUGAUUGUCCGUAUAAUUCCACGGUUUUGUUUAGAUCCAAAUAUAGCCCGUAUAUUAAGGAUUAAAUGAUAAGUAACUGUUUCUUGUGUUCAAACAAUUGUCCAUAAAGUUAUGAUUUUAAAGGUGAUAACCUAUUACAAUCUCGGUAGAACAAACUCUUUAUAAUGUUCCAAAACACAAAUCAGCUUUCCAAACAACAACAUCCAAAUUAUUAUUAUUAUUAUUAUUAUUAUUAUUAUUAUUAUUAUUAUUAUUAUUAUAUAAGCACAUCAUUUUGUUUUGUUUUUGCUUUUAAUUGUGUUAUUGUUUCUGACCACCAUCUUGGAUUACAAUUAGCUAUUUUGUUCAUCUUGGUGUAUUUUGCUAUUUUGGGUGAGAAAAAUGUUCAAAGCUUAUUAAUUUUAUUUUAUUUUUUGUUAUGGAGAUUGUAAUUUAUUCUAUGAUGACUUUUAUAGAUGACACAAAGUACGAUAUAUAAAUGACACCAAGAAGGCUUAUUAAGCGGGGUUGACUUAUUUUUUAUUUCAGGCUCUUUCCACAGCCUACACCGUCACAUCUAAAUGUGUAUAUACAUCUUUUUUCUGAUAACCAGCUUGUUCUUAGUAGCUUUCUUUUGUUUUAUGCAAACAGAUACCCAGGGACGCAAAGCGAUCUUUUUGGUUUGGAGUCAGCCUUCUUAUGGUUUAAAAGAAAAGAACAAGAGGAGUAGGCCUAAACGUAAUCACGAGCCAGACAAUAUCCCAUCAGUAGCUUUAAUGAAUCAUCCAACUUAUUAAUUCACUGAAUUCACGUUAUGGGCUCUAGACCUGUAGCAAUUCAAUGCAGAUCAGUUUUUUCCUUAUUUCUGUUUCUCCAGUGUGGUGUGGGUUCAUAUUAUCAGACUUUGGGGUAUAGGCCUAGAUGAAGCGCGCAAAAGUGAUAUUAUAAAUAUGUUUAGGUAUUUUAUCGCUUUCCACAUGAACGAAUGACUUGCACAUUUUUAAAUAACGGGGGUUAAUAUUAAAAUGCUUUUUUCCAAUGUCAA